CCCAUCAUCACUUCCCCACGGCUGCAGCAGCGGGGCGGGGAUGCCCAGAGGCGGCUGGUGCGCCCCGCGCUGACCUCGCUCCCGCUGUGUCGCUGUCGCUGCAGAGAUCCUGCUCCUCCCCCGCGCCGCCCGGCUGCAGCAGCAGGCACCAGCCGCGGGCACCAGCCGCCACCAUGAGCUCCUGCAGCUCGGACAAGUCCCAGAGCAGCUCGGCCUGCGGCAACAUCCCGCUCACCCCGGCGCAGGAGCAGGCGGCGGCGGUCGGCGCCGAGCAGGACUGGGCAGCGGCCAAGGCUUUCUACGACAACCUGGUCUCCACCAAGAGACCCCGACCGCCUAAGCCCCAGAAUGCCAUCACUGUGGCAGUCUCCUCCCGGGCUCUCUUUGACAUGGUGAAAGACAGGAAAAUCUAUGAAGAGGAAGGGGUGGAAACCUAUGUGAAGUACCAGGAGGAAAACGAGAACGUCCCCCUGAAGCCCGGGCCAGCUUUCUAUUUUGUCAAGGCACUAGAACAGGUCAAUGCCCGGCUUCGUGAGCUGUACCCUAAUGAUGAAGAGCUAUUUGAUAUUGUUCUGAUGACUAAUAACCAUGCUCAAGUGGGAGUGAGACUCAUAAACAGCAUCAAUCACUAUGGUUUAUCGAUUGAACGCUUCUGUAUGACUGGUGGAGAAAGCCCUAUUGGUUAUCUAACAGCAUAUCUUACCAACUUAUACCUUUCUGCUGACUCUGAAAAAGUCCAAGAAGCUAUAGAAGCAGGCAUAGCAUCUGCUACAAUGUUCACUGCAAAUAAAGACAUACCUUACUGUGAUAAGCAGCUGAGGGUGGCGUUUGAUGGGGAUGCUGUUAUCUUUUCUGACGAGUCAGAGCAGAUCGUCAAAGAGCAUGGAUUAGAUAGAUUUUUUGAACACGAACAGAUGAAUGAGAAUAAGCCCCUUGCACAGGGUCCUUUGAAAGGUUUUCUGGAAGACUUAGGGAAGCUACAGAAGAAAUUUUAUGCAAAAGACGAACGAUUAGAUUGUCCUAUAAGGACCUACCUCGUCACAGCUAGAAGUGCAGCAAGUUCUGGAGCCAGAGUGCUGAAGACUCUCCGUAGCUGGGGUUUGGAGAUUGAUGAGGCACUUUUCCUUGCAGGAGCUCCUAAAGGACCAAUUUUGGUGAAAAUACGGCCUCAUAUUUUCUUUGAUGAUCAGAUGUUUCACAUCGAAGGAGCACAACAACUGGGUACUGUAGCAGCACAUGUACCUUAUGGCAUUGGUCAGAAGUACUACAAAUCCAAACCUAAAGAUGACACUGUUAAAAAAUAGCUUCCCUUUAACUUAGACAGCCUCUAACACAUAAAUAGUUAAGUCUGAAAACUCUACAUUUGUAUAUUAUAAGGAGCAUGUUUAAAGAUUUGACCUUUGUAGCUAAAGAAGUUUUAAAAGGAAAUAUUUUUAAUAUAGGCUUGUUUUUAAUAGUUUUUUUUUUAAUAGUACUCUCU